AAACCAUUCAUUCUUCCAAAAAACAAACACAGAAUUCCUUAUUCCUACAAAGCAGAUGAGCAACAAGAACCAUCGCAAUAAUAUGUAAUAACAGUAAUCCGACAAAUAAAUAAGAUUAGAAUACGGAGAAGAUCACAACAGAGAAAUGGGAGCAUACAGAGCGGAUGAGGAUUACGAUUACCUGUUCAAGGUGGUGCUCAUUGGUGAUUCCGGCGUCGGAAAAUCCAACCUUUUGUCUCGGUUCACGAAAAACGAGUUCAGCCAGGAGUCCAAAUCCACGAUCGGGGUUGAGUUCGCGACGCGUUCCAUUCAAGUUGACGACAAGAUUGUCAAAGCCCAGAUUUGGGAUACCGCCGGCCAAGAAAGGUACCGUGCAAUCACAAGUGCCUACUACAGAGGAGCGGUUGGCGCUCUACUCGUCUACGAUGUAACACGUAACGUGACAUUUGAAAACGUAGAAAGAUGGCUUAAGGAGCUGCGAGGCCACACGGACUCAAACAUCGUCAUCAUGAUGGUAGGAAACAAAGCUGACCUGCGACACCUGCGAGCCGUUCCCACGGACAAAGCAAAAUCAUUUGCAGAAAAUGAGCGCACGUUUUUCAUGGAAACUUCAGCUCUGGAAGCUCUGAAUGUUGAGAAUGCCUUCACAGAAGUGUUGACACAAAUCUACCACGUGGUGAGCAGGAAGGCUCUGGACAUAGGGGAUGACCCGUCGGCUCUGCCCAAGGGGCAAACUAUUAAUAUCGGAAGCAAAGACGAUGUAUCAGCCGUGAAGAACAGUGGGUGCUGCUCAGGCUAACUAACACAAGAAGAAGAAGAAGAAGAAGAAGAAGAAACCAUAGAGUUUGGUGUGAAGGAAUUCAUUGACCAACUUGGAAGGUGUAUAGUGGGAAGCUAUUGAUUUGUUUGUUGUUGAGUCAUAUUAACAAAAUGAGAAAUAGAUUCUUCUAUACUUUUGACUGCAAAAAUAGAUGGAAGAAGAUUUAUACACUCUAUAUAUAUAAUUAAAGAGAAGAUGAAGUUUUAGUUAAGUGAAAUUGUGGCCUCAUCUCUUGGUUAGUUGAUGCUCCUCUCCUGCUUUCCUCUCCUUUAUAAGCUUUUAAAAUAUGUAUUUUCUAAGCUUAGCUCUGCUCUGCGAUGAUCAUCAUCCUAUAAUUUAUACUACACCCUCCUUCUAUC